UGUAUUAUUCAUCUACACUCCACAAAAGAGGAAAAACAUCGGAGAAGACGAAAAUGGCCAAUUUCGGCGGCCGCAAAAACGGCAUCGUUUCGAGGGCGAUGUGGGAGGGUUUGAACCCGGAGAUACUGGCUUUGAUUCUGGUUCGAAUCCCCGUGGAGGAGCUGCUCCAGACCAUUCCUCUGGUCUGCAAAUCCUGGUGGUCCGCCGUCGCCGGACCCUACUGCUGGUCGAAUAUCGACGUCGAGGAUUGGUGCCGCCGUUGGAGCCGCUUCGACCGAGUGGACUCGCUAGUCCGCAAACUCGUGCGCCGCAGCCGUGGAAUGUGCAGGAGGCUCUCUGCAUACAGACUCGGCGACCCCGGCUUUGCUUUUGCUGCUAACUGGGUGAGAUGCCUUAAGGUGCUGCAGAUUCCAAUGAGUGAGGUCUCGGACAAAAUGGUGGAGAAGCAUGCAGUAGCGACUCUGACAGUCUUGGACAUCAGCUACUGUUUGAGGAUCACAAGCAAAGGGCUCGAAGCAGUGGGAAAGAGUUGCAAGUUCCUGAUUCAGUUGAAGAGGAAUAUGCCACCUCUGGAGCUGGAAGAGACUGAAAAAAGGGCUAAAAAGAUGGACGAUGGUGAGGCUAUGGCAAUCGCCAACACAAUGCCUGGGCUUAACCGCCUUGAACUUGCUUAUGGCCGCUUUGGUGACCAUGGCCUCAACGCCAUUCUCACUAACUGUAAGGCCCUCACUCACCUUGACAUUGAAGGGUGUUUGUACGUGGAGCUUAAUGGUGACCUUGAGCAAAGGUGUGGCCAACUCAUGGAUUUCAAGCCCCCCUGGACCGAUGAUGACCACUUUUUAGCUGUGGCAGCUGCAGCUGAUGAUGACACCGAGGACUUUUCAUCCUCAGAAUCAGAAUAGCAUUGGGUGGGUUAUCUUGAAACACAAAGGGCAAGUUUUGUUUCUCUCUUUUUAUUCUUCGGUUUCUUGUCUUCCUUUUUGGUGGGUACAUGCUAAAUUUACAGAAACAAAUCAUACAUAUAGUGGAAACCAAUUACAUUAUCUAGGAUCAUUGAAUAUGCUGUAUAUGUAAAUUUUACACAUAAAAGUUGAUUCCACAUUUUA